AAUAACCAGCUUUUCUAUUUAUCGAGGCUGUCAGCUGGAAGUCUUUGUUAUCCCGCUCAUCACUGCCAGCCAACAGGAGUUAUUGUCCACCAUGAAGUCCGUCACCUAACAGGGAGCUUUCAGUGUUUUUUCCAAGUCACCGCAGCUGCCGAAAAGGGUUAGUGCUGAGGCACUGUCCUCCUCUCCUGGACCAUAAAGGAGGGCGGACUCACUGGGCUUCAGGAUGACCGACGGUCCGAAGAAGCGGAGCAGCAGGGAGACGGACCCGCCGGACUCGGGGUCGGCUUCGGGGAAAAAUACAGAAGGAAGCUCCGGGGUGGCUCUGAAAAAACAGAUCGGCCUAGUCAGCGCCUGUGGCAUUAUAAUCGGUAACAUCAUUGGAUCAGGGAUUUUUGUGAGUCCCAAGGGGGUCCUGGAGAAUGCCAGCUCUGUGGGUGUAGCCCUCAUUGUGUGGAUCAGCACUGGAGUUAUCACAGCCAUUGGUGCACUUUGCUAUGCAGAGUUAGGCGUGACCAUUCCCAAGUCCGGGGGAGACUACUCAUAUGUCAAAGACAUCUUUGGAGGACUGGCUGGCUUCCUGCGUCUGUGGAUUGCUGUGUUGGUUAUCUACCCCACUAACCAGGCUGUGAUCGCCCUCACCUUCUCAAACUACAUCCUGCAGCCGCUCUUCCCCUCCUGCCUCCCUCCGGAGAAUGGCCUGCGUCUGCUGGCUGCUGUCUGCCUGUUGCUGCUGACAUGGGUGAACUGCUACAGUGUGCGCUGGGCCACAUGUGUCCAGGAUGUCUUCACUGCUGGAAAGCUCUUGGCCUUAGGCCUCAUCAUAAUCAUGGGUGUUGUCCAAAUAUGCAAAGGUCACUAUUACUGGUUGAAGCCAGCACAUGCCUUUGAGACAUUCCGAGACUAUGAUGUUGGUCUGAUAGCCCUGUCCUUCCUACAAGGCUCCUUUGCUUAUGGAGGCUGGAACUUCCUCAACUAUGUCACAGAGGAGUUAGUUGACCCAUACAGGAAUCUACCACGUGCGAUCUUCAUCUCCAUUCCCGUGGUCACCUUCGUUUACGUGUUUGCCAAUGUGGCCUACGUCACAGCCAUGAGCCCGCAGGAGCUGCUGGCCUCCAACGCUGUUGCAGUGACAUUUGGAGAGAAAUUGCUAGGAGUAAUGUCAUGGAUCAUGCCCAUCUCUGUGGCGCUCUCCACCUUCGGGGGGGUCAAUGGCUCCCUCUUCACGUCGUCGCGGCUGUUUUUCGCCGGAGCGAGGGAAGGCCAUCUCCCACGUCUGCUGGCCAUGAUCCACGUCACACGCUGCACUCCGAUCCCGGCCUUACUCUUUACUUUGAUCUCCACUCUGCUGAUGUUGUGCACCAGUGACAUUUACACCCUCAUAAACUACGUGGGUUUCAUCAACUACCUUUUCUACGGCGUCACUGUCGCCGGGCAGAUUGUGCUGCGCAUCAAAGAUCCCAACAUGCAUCGACCCAUCAAGGUGAGCUUGCUCUGGCCAGUGAUCUACCUGCUGUUCUGGGCCUUCCUGCUGGUCUUCUCUCUGUACUCCGAGCCAGUGGUAUGUGGUGUUGGUCUGGCCAUCAUGAUGACAGGCGUCCCUGUUUAUUUUCUGGGAGUCUACUGGGAAAACAAGCCACAGUGUUGUGAUAUUACUAUUGGUAAAAUGACUCAUCUGUGCCAAAAGCUCUGUUCAGUGGUCUACCCAGUUAUGGAGGACAACCUGGAGCCCACUGAGCCACAAAAGAAUGAUGGAGAUGGUGCAGCUGGAAAAAGCCCUCAAACGGCUGAAUGAACAUGUACAUAGAGAAACAUAGACAAUGACUCGCACUCUGUUUGGGAGGAAAGGAUGCACAGGGAGGUUGGCAUAUGUAUUCACUUCUUGUCCUGCAAGACUGGACUUUCUUGUUCCGGCCUUAGUCCUGACCACUUCUGUUUCAGUAUUUACUCUGGGAACAGGUGUUUGAAAUGAAAUAUCACUGACUAUGAACUUAAGAAACACUGAAAUUAUGCAACAUGGUUGUUUUUAUUGUUUUCACCUCUAAAAUGUAACGCUUUGUCUUGUUGUUUGGGUGGUAGUGGCAGAACCUUUUAAUAUGUAAGUUGCUUUUUAUUGUUGUGAUUCUGUUGUUCAUGUUUUCACGUCACUAUAGUAACACUAAAUUAAAUUUUCUAAAUGGUU